GCUUUGUUAUGACCACAGCCAGUAUAUAAAUGCUGUGAGGAGAGUGGCUGCAUGACUGAGACCGCACUUCUUUCUUCUUCUUCUGAAACAGGAUGAAUGCAACAGCAGCCGAGCCAGCGGAGGGCUCCAAGCCUGCUCCUCCUAAGUUCAAGCAGAAGGGAUCUCGGCAGUUUAAGAGCAAAGCUCCCAAACCUGGACAGAAGGGCUUUGACAAUGAUGUCCCAGGGAUGGAGGAGCCUGGAGACUCUGCAGUGGUCUGUCCCUGGGAGGCCUUUGGUGACAUGGAGCUGAGCGACCUGGCUCAGUUUGGCGUCGUCUAAACCCACCAGCAGACAUGUGUGAAUGUUUGGAACAUCUCUGUGGUUCCUAAUGUAGAGGAUGAGGAGCAUCCUCUGAGCUUGGCAGUCUCAGGGUCAUAUGGAGCCUCUGUAACUCUACUGUAAAUGGAGAAAGGAAACAGUGGAACCUUAGAUCUGUAAACUAUCAAAACAAAAUCAAGCAAACUUGCACUGAAUUUAAAGGACCCUAUUUAACAUUUAACAGCCUACUGCUAAUAAAUCCACAGAUUUGUCUUUGCUGAGGACUUUGUGUAGAUUAAUGUGAAGAAAAACAACUGAAUCCAUGUUAAGAUUUGUGAAAUAAGACAUGUUAGGCUUAAGUGUAUAACAGCCGAUAACUAAUCCCUGCUACACAUGGGUCGCAAACAUUUUGCCACUAAACCUGUUGCCCAUGGGAACGAACCCGAGCAUCCUGCCAGUGGCGAACCAAUCUGAUCUCAGCUUCAUAGAGCCAGUGAGAGAUCACACGAAGAGACUGAAGAGGCUGACAAGAAGAAAAGUUCUUCAAGAUGUUGAACAGCCUAACUGCCACUCAUCAAAAACUAUUUGCAAGUGUGCUGAGGAGACCUGGUAUUUGAGUGUAUUUCAUAAAAUGUUUGAGAAUUAAAAACUAUUUAUGGCA